AGAGUGAGUACAAUUUUACGUCUCAUUUCAAUUCAACUCAAUACUUGUUCAAUUUCGAGCUGCAUUAUUAAAUUAAAAUAAAAUUUAUUAUAAGUACUAUACAAUUAAAUAAAUUUCAACUGUGAUCAAUCAAUAAGGGGAUUGUGAGAAAGUAUAUUGCGAAGCGAUUUUGCCAAAUAAUUAACAAAUAUUCUCGCAAGGGAAAGGCACAGAACUUGGAAGCCGAAACGACUGCAUUGUAUCCAAAAGACGACGACGACGGUGAAGAAGAAGAAGACGUCGAAGAAGAAACGAGGGAACCGGAGAAACGCCAAGAAAACGUUGAUUGAAAUUAUUUGGACAACAAAAGAUUUUGCAAAUUUUUAACCCUUUUCUGUUGAUAUAACAGCAAAAGUGUUUUAGACUCAAUGAAAAUCGCGUAGAUAUCAACUCUUUAAACUAGAAUAAACACAUGCUGUAUAAUUAAACACCAUUUAAGCUAAAGCAAUACUCUGUGCAUUACAAAACCUAUUCAUAAACCACACGCUACUUCUCGCAUCAAAAAAGAGUUAUAAAUUGCUCGAAUAUAUUAUCGACUCGGUUAUUUCAACAGACCGGCGAUACAACCAAGUCAUUAAAGAUUCUAAAAAUUGUUCAUCAAAUAACGGAGCACGUAAAUUUUGGUUCUAGCCCUUUGAAUUCAAUUGAACGGAUCACCAUCCUUAUACUGCUGAAUCAAUUAAACUAAAUCCGAAAAUCCGCAAAAGAGCGAAAGUUUAAAAGAAAAACGCAAUGGUAAUGGAUGCAACUCAAUCACAACAGCCAUCUCCACAAUCUGUUGGUCGCGAAUUUGUGCGCCAAUACUAUACCUUACUUAAUCGUGCACCAAGUCAUUUGCACCGUUUUUAUAAUAACAACUCAUCGUUUAUACAUGGCGAAUCAACUUUGGUGGUGGGUCAACGAAACAUCUACAACCGAAUUCAGCAGCUAAAUUUCAAUGAUUGUCAUGCCAAAAUAAGUCAGGUGGAUGCUCAAGCUACUCUAGGUAAUGGCGUCGUCGUUCAGGUUACCGGCGAACUGUCGAAUGAUGGCCAGCCAAUGCGUCGCUUUACGCAAACCUUUGUGUUAGCAUCUCAAUCACCGAAGAAAUAUUAUGUGCAUAAUGAUAUAUUCCGUUAUCAAGACGUGUUUUCGGAUGAGGAGAACGAAGGGGAAACACGCACGGAACAAGAUGAAGAACAUGUAGAAUUGCAACAAUCAACUGCUACUACUUCUGGUGCUCUUGGUAAUGAACAAGUCGGCUCAAAUUUAGUUGCUGGCAGUGGCCCUGUUACUGCUGAACAACAACAGCAACCACAACAACUGACUCAACUUUCCACGCAGGCGGUGAAUGCAACAGCAGGUUCAGGUGUAUUGCCACAGCAACAAACAGGCGCACAGCCAGCCGUUGGUGGACCACAACAACCAGCCAUUUACUAUUCGGUGCCAGCCGCUGGCGGUCGUCCAGUGCCUCUAUUGACGGGCGCUGCACCACAAGCAACAAGCGCGGUAUCAUUUUCAGCUGCCGCCCCGGCCGCCGUUGUAUCGCAACAGGUUCAGCUGAAUGGAGUUGUUGGUCAUGAAGAUCUCUUAUCUACUGGAAAUCCGCAACAACAGCAAGGGCAAGGACAACAACAACAGAUCGUUGCACCGUCGACUUCACCUGUAGUACAGCAGUCGACUAAUAUUGCCGUGGCCACCCCAGUACUUCCUGGUCAAACUGGUGCAUCUGCUGGAGUAACUGCUGUUCCCGUUGCUGUACCGGCAAAUGCAAAUAUUCCCGGCUUCCAACAAUCUCCACUACUGCAGUCCCAUGUUUUGCAACAACAGCAACCUUUACAACAACCCUUGGUCCAACAAACGCAGAUCACUCAACAAUCGUCGGUUGUGGAUUUGGAAGAAGGCGUAAUUAGUCCCAGUUUAACUAGCAACGCUGAAUCGGUACCUCGUUCGGGUUCAGCUAGUUUAUUGGCUGCGGCAGAUAACGCACCGGCUGUUGACGAUUUCAAAACAAUUAAUGAGCAGCAACAGCAAGAAAAGUAUGAAGCUGCCAAGCAACAACAACAACAACAAAAUGAAAUAAAGACGUACGCCAACCUAUUUAAGUCGUCUUCCUCAUCGCCCAGCGGUUUCGUCACUGCAGCCAUGCAACAGCAACAACAACUGCAACAACAGCAACAACAAACAUCCAAUAAUGCUUACCAUUCUGCGACUACCAUCUCAAGCACAACCUAUUCACAGUCUAAUUCCAAUUCAACCUCAUCACUCUCGGUCUACAAUAACCGCAAUAGCGAAUCUUCCUCAUUACGUCUUGACAACAACAACACUAUGAGUUCAGUUACACAAGGAGGCCCAUUGCCUCAACGCAAUAAUGCAUCCCGAAUUAAUAAGGAAUACGAACCACGCCGUACCAGCAAUGCCCAGCAAUCUGACAACCAGCAACUAUUCCUUGGCAAUAUACCACAUCAUGCCUCAGAGGAGGAGUUAAAGGCUUUGUUCGGACGUUUCGGCCAGGUGCUGGAAUUGCGAGUUAUGUCGAAAGCGAAUGGUAAACUACCACCCGGCGUUAGAAAUCCUCAGAAUUUCGGCUUUAUUACUUAUGAAGAUCCAGAGUCAGUUCAGAAUUGCUUAGCAAAUUGUCCGCUUUACUUCCCCGAAAAUUCUCCUGACGGCCAGAAAUUGAAUGUAGAGGAAAAGAAGCCUCGUCCAAUGCGCCCAAAUAAUGACAUGCCAUCACGCCAGUCGAUGGGUGGCAACAGCAUGGGCGGAAAUAUGAAUAAUUCGCAACGUAACAUGAGCGGAGGCCCACCAUCUCGUUCACUAUCAAAUUCUGCAGGCGGCGGCGCCAGCGGUGGCAUGAUGAGAAACGCUGGUGGUAGCAGUGCAAACAGCAACAGCAUGUCGCGUGGCCAAUCCAGUGGUGGUGGGCCACGCCUCAGUGGCGGUUUCAAUCGCAAUGAGAAUCGCAGUGGUCCAACGAAUGGCAAUGGCCCACAAGUACGCGGCAGCAAUCAAAACAGUGCACAGUCCUCAGGCGCCAGUGGCGGCAACAGCUAUGGCACACGGCGCUAACCAUUAAUAUUCUUCUAUCAUCCACAGCAGCAGACAUCUCGCUACAAUACAGUAACUGCUGCUGUUGCGACAACGCCAACGCCAUCAACACCACCAGUACAGAAACAACAGCAACCGCAGUAAUCUUUAUAAGAUUAUAUUAUUCUAAAACUGAUUUUUGUUUUAGUAAAAAUAUUUGAAUGAAUUUGCUUGCGAAGUAAUUUAAAAUGAUAACAAGAAACCAAAUCAAGUCCAAAUCUGGAAUUUGCGAGAAAAUACAGACAACAAAAACAAAAACAAAAAAAAAACGGAAAACGCAUGCAAUCAUGAUACUGUUUUGUAUGCUGAUUAUAAUUUUAGAGUUGUUUGUUAAACUUGGCGCUUUCUACAAUCACUUUCUCUAAAAAUUUUGUAUUCAUCACUCCCUUUCAUAACGGUAAAUCGUUUUCCUUUGUAAUACAUAUAUCACAAAAUUUAGUUUAUUGUUUUAUAUAUUGAAGUAAAUUUUUAUUUAAUAUUUUAAUUUAUACUAACAAAAAAAAAUAAAAGAAAAAAACAUUCUUCUCUUGAACGCAAUCUACAAAUAAAAACUUCAUUAUCAUGUACGUAUUUUAA